AUGCAUUUAAACACAGUUUACAUUACCGUGGGCACCACCAAAUUCGAUGCUCUAAUAUCAACUGCAUCUUCGGAACCCGCACUCAAAGCUCUGCAGAAACGGAAAUGCACCAAACUCGUCAUACAGCACGGAAAUUCGCAACCAUUAACAGACGAUGAAAUACAAUUGAUAAGAAAGAACUACGGAAUCCAGAUAGAGCAGUACAAAUUCCGUCCAAAUAUAGAGGACGUUAAGUCCGCAGACCUAAUUAUUGGACAUGCGGGAGCCGGAACUUGCAUGGAUAUACUAAAUAACCAUAAACCUGGACUCAUUGUGAUAAAUGACACGCUCAUGGACAAUCACCAACUGGAGUUGGCCAAGCAACUGGCCGCUGAAAACUAUCUGUAUUACUGCAAAGUUACCGACUUGGAUGCCCAGCUAGCUACUCUGGACUUUACAGCCCUAAAGCCCUAUGAAACGAACCCGGAAAAUCUCAGCAAAUUCGUUUCCGCCAUCAAUCAACUGAUGUCCCAUUGAAUGCCAAUAAACAUUCCCAACUGCAAGCUUCUUUUGGUGCCAACCCCAAGGGGUUAGCUUUUGCUAUUUAUUUGAGUUUACAAGUAUAGUUAAUAAACACGAGAACGUCUACGAAGAACAUUAAA